GGGUAGAAGGGUCGGUGGAUCGGGGCGCGUUGGUGCCGUGUGAGGGCUGAGGCGCACGGGGCGGGGUAGGGUGGCAGCAGCAGGUGAAUGUGCAACGCGAGGCCACGCCGGUCUCACGCGUGCGUGGAGGAGGAACAAACGAGAGAGAUUUUCUAUUUUGUACAUACGUUGUUUUGUAUAUACUGUAAAUGAUGACUUCCGUGGGCAGUGAACGUUCCCGGGGUACUUGGGCCAAAAUACAAAUUUCAACCACUCAGCCAACGCAAUCACAGAAACAAGCAGUACAGGCAACAGCAGAACAGAUUCGCCUUGCUCAGAUGAUCUAUGAUAAGAAUGACACAGAUUUUGAAGAUAAAGUGAAACAACUUAUGGAAGUGACGGGGAAAAACCAGGAUGAGUGCAUAGUGGCACUACAUGAUUGUAACGGCGAUGUGAACAGAGCAAUCAACCUACUGCUGGAAGGAAGUUCAGACACGACUUCUUGGGAGACUGUAGGGGGAAAGAAGAAAAGCCUUGGAAAGGAAAAUUCGGAAAACAAAGAGAACAGAGAAAAACGAGGGGACAGAGAAGUGAGUCGUGGACGGGGAAGUUCCAACAGACGGGGAAGAGGAGGCAGCCGUGGCCGAGAGUUUAGAGCUGAAGAGAAUGGAGUGGACAACGAUCAAGGAGACAGGCCUUCAGACCGUGGGAAACGUGGCCGUGGGAGAGGGUUUGGACGUGGUAGAGAGAGAGGAGCAGGGAGAUUUUCAGCCCAAGGCAUGGGGACAUUUAACCCUGCAGACUAUAUGGAGUCUUCUGCCACUGAUGGCUUUGGGACAAAAUCAGAGGUUUGUGAGACUGGUCAGAAUGAUGCAGAUGAUGGAACUGGAGCAUGGAAAAACUCAAUAGAAGAAUGGGCAGCAGAAGACUGGAAUGAAGACACAUCCUCAGAUUCUUCCAUUUGCUUAGUUCUCACGAUUCAUCGGUGUUAUCUUUCUGAAACAAAAAUUUUCACUUCUUCCUCUGUUCCAGCUGAGAAUCAUGUGAUGCCUGGGCAAAGCACUGAUUUGGUAACACUGCUUCAGAAGCCUGUGACUUCUGCACAAGAGACAAAAGGCAACUCAUUUGAGGCUUCCCAGCAGCAGACCUUUGGCCAAGCCCUAGUCUUCACAAAUUCUCAGCACAGCACCCAGAUGGCAUCAGGAAAUGGCAGCUCCAGUGCUAUAAACGAUUAUUCUUCUCAAAGUCUGUCUGUAGUUCUUUGUUCCAGCUUUGGAGAACUCAGAACGUCUAAAUUGGCAAACUCUACAGGAUCUCAAAUCUUGGACCGAUCGAAAUCUCCAAGAUUGGGUCAGUUUGCCUCUCAACAAAACAAUAGUAGCUCUACUACAACUACCACAACUACCACAUCAUCCUGGGAUCUAAAACUACCCAUUACUCAGUCCUCAGUCCUUAGUCAGUUUGACAUUAAAUCCCAGCCUGAACCAUCCCCAGUUCUGAGUCAGCUGACCCAACAACAGUAUCAGCAAACACAGACAGUUCCUGUUCCUCCUUCUGGGAUGGAGUCCUCCUCCUCCCAGGUAAAACUCCAAGAGCCAUUGCCAGUAGACACCUCUACAGCUGUUAGCAAAAUGUUGCAACUCCCCACUAUAUCUAUGGAUAACCAGGCAGUGACUGCCCACCAAACCCAGCAGAAACAGAUAAAACCACCAAAACGAAGAGUAACUCCAGCAUCCAAGAUUCCUGCCUCUGCAGUGGAGAUGCCUGGAUCAGCAGAUGUGACAGGAUUAAAUGUUCAGUUUGGAGCUCUGGAGUUUGGAUCAGAGCCUGCACUCCCAGAGUUUGCAUCAACCAGACAGGCAACCAACAAUAGCUUGUACUCAAAAUCUGUGAAGUGCAUUGAUCCUUUGAAUACCUCUUUGCCAAUAUCCAAUACAGUACAGGAGUCCACCUACACAACCUCUGCCAUCACCUCUUCCAGUCUAACCUGCUCAUCCCAGAGUAUUAGCCCAGUAACAACAACUUCCUCCUAUGACCAGACAUCUGUUCAUAGUAGGAUAGUGUACCAAAGCUCCAUAGCUCCAUCUGAAUCAACCCAUGUUGCUGUUAUGAAUGGGCAUAAUGGUGUUAGAACACAAUCAACUCUUGACACUAUUUCAUCAGUUCCAGUGCCUAAGACAGAGCCUUCUCCUUCACUACCUUCUGCUGGUUCUCUGCCUAGUGUGGUAUCCACUGCUGCUUCACUUCUGCCUUCAACAUCGCAGCAUGUGGUAACAUUGCCCAGCUUGCCACAGUCGGGUGAUUUGGCCAGCAACUCACUUUCCCAGUUAAGCAGGUCAAAUGGUGAAUUAAGACUUAUUAGAAGAGCUGAGGAGAGUGGCUCCCUUUCCAAUCAUCAGAGCAGCCUCUCCCCUGCCUCAGUGUUGUCUUCAAGCACAUCACAUGCACACACUAGUGUUGAGAACACAACUUCUUCACUCCAGCCCUCAACAACCUUUUCAACUGCUUCAACCUCAGCCACUAGCACCACCUCUUCAUUUAUCAACAUGGCAAGCAGUAUGAACACUACAAACGUCUUUGGCCUGAGCAUUACCAGUGUGUCUCUACCAGCUGCUACCACACGAGCAGCUCCCUUAUUGUGUUCAGGAAAAGCUCCCCCAAACCUGCCCCAAGGCGUACCACCCUUGUUGCAUAACCAGUAUAUUGUGGGACCUGGAGGUCUUCUACCUGCCUACCCACAGAUUUAUGGUUAUGAUGAUCUCCAGCUGCUUCAAUCCAGGCUACCAAUGGCUCUCAGGUCCUGCCAGGAACUUGGUCCAACAUGGGCUUCCCAGAGUCACAGCUUCCUUCAGGCAUCCACCCGCUCCGGUGUGGGGUCCUCCACGAGCUGCGAGUGGAUCUCUGCUGCCCCACAGUCCUCCAUGGGCUGCAGGGGCACAGCUGCUUCACCAUGGUCUUCAGCACAGGUCACAGGGGAGUCUCUCUUCCAGUGCCUGGGCACCUUCUCCCCCUCCUUCUCCACUGACCUUGGUGUCUGCAGAGAUGUUAUUCUCACUCCCUGUUGCUGCUGCCAUUUAUCAACUGCGCAACAACUUCUUCCCCUUCUCAAAUAGGUGAAUCACAGAGGCGCUACCUCCAUCACUAAUUGGCCAGGCCUGGGUCAGCUGCAGGGUCUAUCUUAGAAUUGAUUGGCAUUAGCCCUAUCAGCUACAGGGGAAGCUUCUGGCAGAUCUUUGUUUAAAGAAGCCUCCCCUAUAGCUUCCCCCCCACCCCCGCUACCAAAAUCUGGCCCAGGCAAAACCACUACAUACACAAAAAAUUAAAAUUAAAAAAGGAUGAGAGAAAGCUUAAACAAACACUGGUUUGAAUUUUCUUAUUUUAUUAAUGGUGCCAAACCCCAUUUUCUUUGUACACCCCACUGGAUUUUCUGAGGUCCCCUCUAACAUUGUUUAAAUAAAUUUUCCACUCUUCAGUAGUAACACUCUCCAUUUAAUUUUUUUCUAUGUGUGUGUUGCUUUCCUAGCUGACAUUUCGACUUAUAGAAAACAUAUUAUGGUACAGGGAUUUAGACUACAUCCACAUUGCGAUUACUGCCCCAGUCUGACUGUGGCUCUUUGACCCCCUCAUGGUCUGUUGCUCUUCCAGGUGCAGUCUUGAUGGAAGAUGACAGCUGAGGGUUGGGAGGGGAAAACAUUUAGGCAUUGUCUUUAAUUUACUGUUAAGAAAUUAAGUAUUUGUACAUAAUCUACUUUUUAUUUUUUAAAUAUUUAUUUUCAAGGUGAGGAUCCAGGUACAUCCAGCUCUGCUAGAAGGGAGAAUCUCAGA